AUGGCGAGGGCCGCCCCCAUGGGCCACACCUCCACCGUCGAGGGCCGCCCCCAUGGGCCACACCCCCACCGUCGAGAGCCGCCCCCAUGGGCCACACCCCCACCGUCGAGGGCCGCCCCCAUGGGCCACACCCCCACCGUCGAGAGCCGCCCCCAUGGGCCACACCCCCACCGUCGAGAGCCGCCCCCAUGGGCCACACCCCCACCGUCGAGGGCCGCCCCCAUGGGCCACACCCCCACCGUCGAGGGCCGCCCCCAUGGGCCACACCCCCACCGUCGAGGGCCGCCCCCAUGGGCCACACCCCCACCGUCGAGGGCCGCCCCCCAUGCCACACCCCACCGUCGAUGGCCACCCCCAUGGGCCACACCUCAACCGUCGAGGGCCGCCCCCAUGGGCCACACCCCCACCGUCGAGGGGCCCGCCCCCAUGGCCCACCCCCCCACCGUCGAGGGCUGCCCCCAUGGGCCACACCCCCACCGUCGAGGGGCCGCCCCCAUGGGCCACACCCCCGUCGAGGGCCGUCCCCAUGGGCCACACCCCCACCGUCGAGAGCCGCCCCCAUGGGCCACACCCCUACCGUCGAGGGCCGCCCCCAUGGGCCACACCUCCAUAAACACUACACAGAUGAAACAAGAGCUUUCUACUGUGCCUAUCCCAACUCAGAACUCGCCAUUCAAGGUUUAA